AUGGAAGCUAUCGAGGGCGCAGCAGUUGAGUACACAUCAGAUGGUGAGAUAUCUGAACAAAUGUCAGCCACAGUUAAACAUUCAUUACGUAAAUUAGGAAAACGAAAAAUAAACAACGAAAACGAAGAAUUAGCCAAGGAUUUGAAUUUCUACCAAACAUGUUUAAGUGCUAUUUGUGAACAUUCUCCUUCUGCCAAAGUGUUCUGUUUAAUACAUAAAAGGGAUCUGGUAGCACAAGAUCAAAGGCAAAAGUUGUUUGAAGAUCGUCAAAAUGAUCUAAUUAAAAUUUCUAAUCCGGUGAACAUUACUUGCUAUAUGUCGUCAAUUUGGGACGAAUCAUUAUACAUGGCUUGGUCUUCAAUUAUAAACAGACUAAAUGUUCAGAAACCGGAAGAAACAAUGGACAAAUUUACUUAUUUGAUGGAAUGCAAUGAGCUUCAAAAAUGA